CUCUCUCUCUCUCUCUCUUUCUCUCUCCCCCCGUGAAAUAUCAGAAUAGCACUAAGCAACUCUGGUCUCCGGCCAUGGCGACUAGGGUUUCGAUCUGCUUCUGCUUCUGCGCUUUUGCUCUGCUCAUUUCUUCUCUCACUUUGGUUUCGGCCUCAGAUGGUGAAGGUCAGUCUAAGGAGUUCGUUUUGACACUCGAUCACUCCAACUUCUCUGAGACUGUCAGCAAGAACAACUUCAUAGUUGUCGAAUUCUACGCUCCAUGGUGUGGGCAUUGUAAGAAUCUUGCUCCAGAGUAUGAGAAAGCUGCCUCAAUUUUGAGUAGCCAUGACCCUCCAGUUGUUCUUGCAAAGGUUGAUGCCAGUGAUGAAGCAAACAGAAAACUUGCAACUGAGUUUGAGGUUAAGGGUUUCCCAACACUUAAGAUUCUAAGAAAUGGUGGAAAGAUUGUUCAAGAAUACAAAGGUCCUAGGGAGGCUGAUGGUAUAGUUGAAUAUCUGAAGAAGCAAGCUGGUCCAGCAUCAGCUGAAAUAAAAUCUGUAGAAGAUGCCAAUAAUCUAAUUGAUGACAAAAAGAUCUUUGUUGUUGGGGUUUUCUCAGAAUUUUCCGGGGAGGAAUUUGAGAACUUUACAGCAUUAGCUGAGAAAUUGCGUUCUGAUUAUGAUUUUGGUCACACUUUGGAUGCUAAGCUUCUUCCAAGAGGGGAAUCAACUGUCAGUGGGCCCACAUUGAGGUUGUUCAAGCCAUUUGAUGAAUUUGUUGUUGAUUCCCAGAACUUUAAUGUGGAUGCUCUGGAGAAGUUUGUUGAAGAUUCUAGCAUGCCUAUUGUUACAGUUUUCAACAAAGACCCUAGUAACCACCCAUAUGUUAUAAAAUUCUUUAAUGGUCCUGAUGCCAAGGCCAUGCUAUUUUUGAACUUCACAAGUGAGCUUGUUGAAUCUUUCAAAUCAAAAUAUCAUGAUGUUGCUACACAUUACAAAGGAAAGGGUAUUCGUUUUCUCCUGGGUGACAUUGAGGCCAGUCAAGGUGCUUUCCAGUAUUUUGGCCUUAAAGAUGAUCAAGUGCCCCUCAUCAUCAUACAGAACAGCGAUGGCACAAAAUACCUGAAGCCAAAUUUGGAGCCUGAUCACAUUGCAUCUUGGUUGGAGGAAUAUAUGGAUGGAAACUUAAAUCCAUUCAGAAAGUCAGAACCUAUUCCUGAAGUUAACAAUGAACCUGUGAAGGUUGUUGUUGCUGACAGCCUCGAGGAUGUUGUCUUCAACUCUGGACAAAAUGUUUUGCUUGAGUUCUAUGCACCUUGGUGUGGACACUGCAAGAAACUGGCUCCAAUCUUGGAUGAAGUUGCUGUCUCAUUUAAAAGUGAUUCAGAUGUCGUCAUUGCAAAAUUAGAUGCAACUGCAAAUGAUUUCCCACAUGAAACUUUUGAUGUUAAGGGUUACCCAACUCUGUACUUUAGAUCAGCAAGUGGCAACCUGUUACAGUAUGAUGGUGAUAGGACAAAGGAGGACAUCAUAGAUUUCAUUCAGAAGAAUCGGGAUGAAACUGUCCAGCCAGAUUCUGUCCAGCAGGAAACUCUCCAACAAGACUCAGUAAAAGAUGAGCUAUGAUGAAGGAUGAGCUUCAUUGAGAAGAGGGAGGAUUCUAAUGUGCACACCUUGGGAGUUGUCACCUUACAACAGUAAAGAGCAACCCGAAGAAAUAUAAUCUCUUUUUAAUUCUCCCAUUUCCUAGAAUAUUUCCCUCAAUAAGAUAGAAAGUGAGGCUUGUCCUUUUUUUUGGUUGAGUUGUAUUUCAGUUUCAUUUCUUCAGAGUAGACAAGGGUUGCGGAUGUAGUCACCAUUUUGCUUUACUUGCGUGCGGUAUUCUCUGAAGUUAAUCUCUCUCCCUCUCUCUCUCUCUUUCUCA